AUGUCUCAUCAGCAGGGUCAGAAAGAGCAACCACCACAUGGUGAGGGACAACGUGGAGGUCCUGGUGCUCAAGGACCUGGGCAACAUGGAGGUCCUGGUGCUCAAGGACCUGGGCAACUUGGAGGCCCCGGCGGACGUGGUGAAGGUCAAGGACAGCCUGGGGGACGUGGUCUUGGCGAGGGACAUAAAGAUGGGCAAGGUCAGGGUCCUCAAGGACCUGGCAAUCAAGGUGGCCGUGGGGAAGGAGGUCAUGGAGGUGGAGGUGGAGGUGGAGGUGGAGAAACUGAUGCUUAUGUAAUGGUUCUGAACUUCUCAUCUUGUAAUGAUUCUGUAUCGUAUAUGAUGUUCUCAUCUUUGUGA